AUGACGGAAGACCCGUCGCCGACUUACACCGUGAGCGGGAUCCACUGGUUUGCGCUGUCCGCUACGAUUGCGCUGCUGUGCUGCAUCUGGUGGGUGUCGGAAGUGCCCAGUUUGUUUGCGCCGGGCCGGAGGAACACCGACGAGGCGCGGCCGGCGGUGCGGAAGCAAACAUCUUCGGGAUUGGGAAACUUUGCCCGCAGUGUCAUGUGGAGCUGCCUGCGCUCUCUGCAACCCGGCUUCGUGGUCCAACUCAUCCGGCGCUUCGAAUACAAUCACAAGUUAUGGGCCGUGCGAUACUACUUUGGGCCGGGCACGAGCUCCGAGUAUCUCCCUCGACUGAGCGCGGCGGGCUACAUUGGCGCCGUAUUGACCGAGAUGACACCGCUCGUGAUCCAGGCCGUGCUCAUCUACGUCGGCUCCACGGCAUUCGAUCAAAAUGGGAACCUGCUCAUCCAGUUUUGGAUCAUCGGCCUCCUGCCCAGUGCUGUGACGGGGCUGUGCAUGAUGCUGACCAGCUGCCUGCCGAGAUCUGCCUGGCGGGCGGCUUCCGUCGUCUUUUUCCUCAGUUUCCUGGCCCUGACGGCAUCGUUGAUCGUCGCCGCCGUCUUUACCGCGAGCGGCUACGGUCCCUUUAAAUACAAAGCCGUCUUUGGCAUCGUCAUGGCCGUGGCGUGGCUGCUGCACAUGGUGCUCUCCAUUGUCGUCGGCUUCCAAUGCAGCAAGGGCGUGCACUGCAUCGCGCUGCUGCUGACUGCGGCACUCCGCGUCGCGCCCAUGAUUCUGCUGGCCGUCCCGCGGGGCACGCACACGAUGCCGUACCCUGGCAUCAACCCGCUGGCCUUUUCUAUUGCGAUUAGCGUGGUGGCCGGCGGCAUUGUGUUCGCGCUGGGAGCCACGGCGCUUGUGCGGUGCCCCGUCUGGGACCAGCGGCAUGUAUUGACAAGGCGUCGGCGACGAAACGUGCGCGAUCCGCGCCGUCGCAGGUAUAACGAUCCGCGCCGUCGCGAGAAUGACGCGCACGGUGGGGGAGGAGGAAGCGGUGGAGGGGGUGGUGACGGAGGAGGCUGGAGUUUUGACGGCGAUGGUGGUGAUGGCGAUGGCGGUGGUGAUGGAGGAGGUGGUGGUGGUGAUGGCGGCGGCGGAGGAGGAGAUGGCGGCGGCGGCGGCGGCGGUGGCGGUGAUGGAGGCGGAUAA